AACGAGACUUGGAUUUUGAUCUACUAAUAAUCGGGAGGGUUAUCGACGACUCGAAGUCGUACGUGAGACGGUCUUUUUGGGUGCCCAAAAGCCACGGUGAGUGUUGUGGCACAGUGAGCGGGCAGCUCAUCUGGUUUUUUAUCUGUUAGGUGGAAGUGGACUGACACUGAGUGUGAACACAAGCCAACCGAGAGGAUGAAGACAGGUCUGUUCUUAGACGGAGUCUUUGUUGGACUCGGACCCUUGGAGGGGUCAGCUGCACUGGAUGUGGCCGGAGCCAAACCACAGAGCAUUCCUACGCUGAGAAGCUGGUGUCCCGUGGGACGGGAGAAUCACUUUUUGCUGUGCUAUGGGGAGCAGUGCCCCUACCAUACUGCGGAGAAGCAGUCUUUGGGGUAUUACCCCCAACGGAGAUGGAAUUGGCAGCCCGGGCUGUCGAACCUUGUGGAUUUUCUUGCCUGGCGUGAGCAGGAAGGCGAUAGUUGGUCUGUAGAGGCCGCCAGUGGCAACUCGUGGACGGUGUUGCGUAAGGAACACCAGAUGAAGGAGGACGGGAGGGUCCUCUGGGAAGACACGGUAUUAUGUUGUAACAAAGGCGGUCGGUUCAUUUUUGUCGAGUGUUGGCAACGAGUCGUGGAUGAGAGGGGGAACGAAUUUAGUCGGAGACGUGAUUCCAGGUGGGAUUUUGUUAUUCAGAGAAAAUACGAGGACGGGAUGUCCUUAGCCGAAAAGGAGUUUGUCAUUUUCGGGCAUGUCGGCCGCAUCUGGUACGGCGAGCCAGGAUCAUGGGUGUAUGAUGCCCUGGCAGAUACCGACUUUAUUAUUCGUCCGAGGGACGAUGAGCACACGAUUUGGAAUACGGGGAAGCCUGACGCCGGGUACAAGGGCCUGAUCUAUGUGUAGACAUAU